CCGCGGAGACGGAGCAGCGGCCGUGCUGAGGAAGUUGCGCGUGCGCACUGGAGUUUCUCCCCCCUCCCACCCGGCCGUUAGGAGCGCGUGAGGCUCAAGGGCGCUUUGAGUCACUUGGGAAGACGAUGAAGAAAACGUUUGCCCCUCCACUGGCAAAACCCCAUUUCCUUUCUUUGCGGGAAGGACCUGAGCAUCAUGGGAAAAAGGAGGACACUAGAGCAAAAGAGGCGAUGACCUACCUGCUGAGCCAAGGGACAAGCGACUCGACCGAAACAAAACUGAAAGUGGGCCAUCCAGACACUGAUGUGAAGAGGUGGAAGAAAUUUAGGGUAACAAAGGAAGAAGAUAUGGGCCAUGUGAAAGGUCCAGAAACAGCCCAAGAUGUAGAAAAGAGAGCCAAAAGGAACUCAAGCCGAGCAUCAGCUAAGGAGAUGUGUCACCUCACAGACUUGCAGUUUGAGGAAAUUGUCCAGUGUGUGCUGCAGAAGUCUUUGCAAGAGUGCAUGGAAGAGUCCAAGAGGACAUUUCACCAGGCAGAAGCUACCGAGGUGGCAGAACAACAAUGUUUGAAGAAGGAGACUUUGGAGACCUCCCUACCUGCAUGGAAUUUGGUUCAGCACAGCGAUGAGCCCAAAGGAACAGUCUCUGCCGUGGACCUAAAAGAGUCUCUGCCCAAAGCAAAGAAACGCAAUAAACUUUCUUUAAACAAGAUGAGAAAGGAAAUGUAUGAGAGCACGGAAGCAAACAAAGAAAGGCGUAAGCGUCAACGGAAAGGAGAGCCGAAGAAAAUAGUUCAAGGUUACACCCUGAUCGCUGACCAAGAGGAAACGGAGGAAGGAGGAGAAAGCACUUUCAAUCAGUGCGUGGCGUGGGUCCAGUGUUCUUAUCCCAGGUGUGAGAAAUGGCGCUGUCUUAGCAGUGACAUAGAUCCCUCUGUUCUUCCCGAAGACUGGACGUGCAGCCAAAACACAGACCUGCAGUACAAAAGCUGUGAUGUACCCGAGGAGACAUGGUCCGGAUCUGAAAACGAGGUCGUGUAUGCUACCUACGUGCCUGGGUCAAUCAUAUGGGCCAAACAGUUUGUCUAUCCAUGGUGGCCUGCCAUGGUGGAGUGUGACCCUGACAUCGGGGAGUAUUUCCUCUUUUCAUCCCAGUUGGAUUCUCUUCCUUCCAAGUACCCUGUGACGUUUUUCAGCGAAGCUGUCUGCCGUGAUCUUUUCUGCACCUAUCAGCAAAGCAAGGAGCCGGUGGUACCAGAAAGAUUUAUGCCCUGCCCCUUCACAGAGGAGUGGGCUGUGUCUUUCUUAUUGUCACUGGCCCUGAAGACACUCAGGAGCAAAGAUUACCGCCAGAAACUGGACACUGCCGUGAAGAUGGCAAAGGAAGCCGAGUGGAUCAGCAUUCAGGGGAGAGUGAUGAGAUUUGGGUUUGUCAGUCAAUCCAGUGAGGGAGGAUUGCUAGGUCAUGAGGACCUGGAAGAGCUAUUCAAUGUGGCCUGUGAGCCCAGUGAGGAGAAGCAGACCUGUGAUGGAAAUGAGAAUAUUGUUGCGACUUCAGAUUUCAAGGAGAAAACUUCUCUGAAAGGCUUUAAUAAAAAGUUCACCAUUCUGGGAAGCAACAGCUCAGGAUCCAGCCAGCCCAAACCGCCAGCAGGAGGCAGCAGAGUUAACCUGACACUGUCCUGUCGAGAUGGCUUGAAGCCAGAGUUGGUGAAGAUAUUACAGGUGAAAGACAAUACCACCAGGAGCCACCCAAGGUCAAGUAGCAAUGAUGAGAUCUUUGAGGAAUUCCAGGAAGUGGGGAAGCUAGAAAAGGCCAAGGAAGCACAUGGGAGCCAGGAAGCAGAGAAAAACGAAUCCUCGGAAGAGUGUUCCCUGGUCUUGUUUGAAGAGUAGCCAUUGAAAUAACAAACCUGCCAUGGGGCAGCAGAGCUACCUCCCUGAAGAUUGUGGUGAUUAGAGAAAAAUUAGAAAGCACUCCAGAAAAGUGGCUGGUAUAUUGGAAAAGAAAUUCAGUCUAGUUUAAACUUGAUUUAUGUUUGAUGAAGAUCUGAGACUGUUGGGACAGCAAAUGUGGAUUUUAACAUCCAGCUCUGGCUAUAAAGGUCUCCCUCUCCCACUUCUCAAAUAUUCAUCUGUGAAGAUAGGGAAAAAAAUCCACAAUAAGUGACUUGACCUGUUUUCUUAAAACUUAGGGUGCUGGAUCUUGUUUUAAUUCUGCCAGCCUCACGUAGUGUGUUGUUUCCUUAGAUCCCAUUGGCAACAAGUGAUUUAAAAACAAAACAAAACAGUUUUUGAUCACUCAAGAAAUUGGUUGAUGGGGGUUGGUUGACGGGGCCAGAUCUUCAGCUGGUGUAUGGCAUAGUCAAUGGAAUUUACAUCAGCUACAGAUAGACCCACUGUGUAUAAAUUGUUGCCUUUAUUUGUAAAAGUGGUACAUUAAGGUUGAAAUUUCCAAAGUCGCCGGAUGGUAAAAUCGACAGGAACUGGGUAUCCAGAUUUGAAAGCACUUGGCAUCAGAGUCCUUGAUCUAGAUUCCCAUGUUACUCUUCUAUAAUCUGUUAUGUUCUAACUCCCUUGCUAACCUAUCCGCAUGCUGCUGGUGAAAUUCCAUAUUUAUUAAGCCCUUGCAUAGAGAGUAGGUAUCUGAGAUACAAAACAGUGAUACCUGGACUUCCUAGUUGCUACUGUUGUGUUUAACUAGUUACUGGAUUUGUGGUUUUAUAUUUAUCUGUUACAAACUUGUAAAAAAGACUGGCUUGUAUUCAUCCACUAGUGUGAAAUUUGCCCUGUAGAGAGAACCAACCUUCUGAAGCCAUAAGUGGACAUAAAUAGACAUAAAUAUCCAUAGAGAUAAAUUUCACUCAGAGAGUGUAGCCCAAGUUAAGGGUUGAAUAAGGGUGGCAGAACUAGGUCUUAAGGAGUUUAUGGCUGUGACCACCAUCAGGUUAAACACUCAUUUACAAGUGUGUUCUGUAAUGGUUUACAUGUUAAUAAAAUCCUGCAGAUUCUAUUCAGUCAGGCUGGGUUCUUGUUACCUGGUUAUAGAUAAGCUAAAGUGUGAUAAAAAUCCAAUUCUUGGU